AUGUCACUCGGCCGCACCUUCACCCUCAACUCGGGGUACAAGAUCCCCGCCAUCGGUCUAGGAACCUGGCAAUCCGCCCCCAACAAAGUCAAAACCGCCGUCGAAACCGCCCUCAAGACCGGCUACCGCCACAUCGACGCCGCCUCCGUCUACGGCAACGAGGCCGAAGUCGGCGCCGGCAUCAAGGCCUCCGGCGUCCCGCGGGAAGAAAUAUUCAUAACGUCCAAACUCUGGAACAACGCGCACCGCGCCGCGGACGUCGAAAAAGCACUCAACAAGUCCCUCUCCGACCUGCAACUCACCUACAUAGACCUGUACCUCAUCCACUGGCCCGUCGGCUUCGUCUCCUCGCCCGAGAUCUUCCCGACAGAGCCCGACACAAACCUGAUCGCGCUCGACAACGUGCCCAUAAAGGAGACAUGGCAGGCGCUGGAGCGCCUCGUGGAGCAGGGGAAGGUGCGCAGUAUUGGCGUGAGUAACUUUACGAGGGAGAGGAUCGAGGAGAUUCUGGCGUUCGCAAAGAUCCCCCCCGCUAUAAACCAAAUCGAAGCCCACCCCUACCUACAACAGCCCCCGCUCCUCACGUGGUGCAAAGCCCAGAACAUCCUCAUCACCGCCUACAGCCCGCUCGGCAACAACAUCUACAACCUCCCCCGCGUCGUCGACGACCCGCUCGUCGUCGAGAUCGCCUCGCAGCUCGGCAAGCAGCCCGCACAGGUGCUCAUCAACUGGGCUGUCCAGCGCGGGACCGUCGUGCUGCCAAAGAGCGUGACGCCUGCUAGAAUCGCCACUAAUUUCGAGGAGUUUGUUGUUCCCGAGGAGGCGUUUGAGAAGAUUUCGGCGCUGGAGAGGAAGGGCAGGAUGAACUAUCCGCUUAGGUGGGGAAUUGAUGUGUUUGGGGAGAAGAGUGAGGAGGAGGCGAAGAAGGUGGCGAGAGACUGGGCGGAGGGGCAGAAAAGGUUGAAGGCGGAGAAGGGGGGGGAGUAG